UCUAUCUGUCUUUUAUUUUUUUAUGUCUAUUGAUGGUUUUGGCCAUCUGCACAGUUACCUUCCGUAGAGCCACAAUUAUUCAGGAUGCUUCUGUCAUGGAUGAAGAUAAAGCAAAGCUUGGGGAGAGUUGUUUCUCUGUCUGUGGAUAUCUUCACCAGUGGAAAAAGAGACGGUUACAGAGAAGCUGUCGUCCUCCUUUGUUUUUGUGGCUUCUCCAGCGUCUUACCAAGCGCCCUCCUUGGCUUGUAUCUCUUCUACACCCUGGACUUUGACUCAGCAGUGGCUGGAGGAGUUGCCAGCUGCUUUGGAGCCCUGCUGACUGUAGCUCUGUUCUUGUCCAAGAGAAUCAGGUGUUUGUGGAUGCUGUUUGUGAUCUCUAUGUUCAUGAAGAAGAGCCGGAACUUGCUGCUGACUGCUGGGAUGAGUAUAGUUGUCCUUAACAAUAUUCACAACACUCUUCAUAACUUAAAAAGUCUGGUCAUGAGCAUGACUUGUAACCUGAAGGCGAAGAAAGAAGCUAUCAUUGGUCCAUUUGGGAAUUACAUUGAGAUGUUAAAGACCAUAGGAAGACUGCUCAAAGGGAUUACAGAUCUUGGAGUUCUGAAUCUGGAUUCUAAGCUGAAAGUUUCACCGAGACUUGAAUCAGAAAAGUUCAACUUCAGUCUGAGUGAGGCUCAGCAGAAGCUGAACAAGACUGUGGAAUAUGCUCAGGCUCUAAUGGAGACUGUCACCUCUGUGACCCACAAGAUGUUUCCUGCCAUCAGCAUCCUACUGCUUGUGCUGUUUAUAGCCUUACAUAUGAGGAGGUACUGCAGCGACAUGAAGUAUAAAAACAAGUUCAUCAGCAGAAAGUUUGUUCUUUUUGAUGAGAAGCAGAAGGCUGAAGGAAAGCCGCACAUUCUACCUCUCACACCAAAGGAGGAGAAGCUGUAUACUCACAUCCUGUCCAUCAGCCCCACGCAAAAGGAGAGGAGAAGGAUGAUGAAAUUUGGAAUGCCAAUCCUCUCCCACUCUGCAGUUUGGGUCCUCUUUAUAGCUGUGGAUGCAUUAAUGUUCUAUUUUGUAGAUGUCAUAACCAAAAGGGUGUCUGACAUAGAACCGUUCCACGUCCCGCUGAUCCAGAGUUUCAUAGUAAGAGCAGGAUUUUUCACCUUUUCUCUGAGACUUGGGAUUGCAAGCUUACUUGGCAUACCGUUUGCUGAAGAGACUCAUGAAGCAGACUUCUCUUUCAGUGUGUCUCUGUUUGAAAAGAAGUGUCUCCCUGAACCCAAGCUGCAGUUGUACAAGUCCAUUUACCCGCUGAGUGCCAUCCUGCUCAGCCUUCUCAUCAUGACUCUGUUUGCAGCCAAGGUGUCCCAGCUUAGACUUGCGAUCUGCGAGCGUUUCUUCACCAACGCCGCCGAUGAAAGAGUAGAGUAUCUGCAUCGCAAAAUUCUGAGGAAAAGAUUUAAAACUAGGCUGGAAGAGGAUGACUGCAGCCUCAAAUCACUGAUACUUAAGCCACAUUUCUGGUUCCCAUUGCUCUUUAGACCAAAAAAGAAUCCACAAAGUGCUGUGUGAAGAAGAAGCUCCUGCUACAAAGCUUCCCUGGACUCAGCAUGGAUCAUCGGGACGGGGUUGUUAAAGUUCUUUGGGAUUUGAACAUGGAUUUUACUGACCCUUGAGCUGUAAUGGAGUUGGCUUUAUGACUCACAACUCUAAUCUUAUUUAUUUAUGACUGACAUUUUUAUUUUCAUCAUUGCUCCUGAAGAUAAGAUAGAGAUACUUUUACCAAAACAUCAGAUUGUUAAACCUCUCACUGUGUGAGAAAUAUGUGUGACUCUGUGCUUUAUUGAGACAGGGUUUAAAUAUAAUAGAGUCCACCAAUGACUCUCUCUUGCCAGCACAGAGGUGAUGAUGCCUGUUUUUGGUUUUACUCGGUGAGAGUAAUGUAAUCAUUCACAACUAUUUAUACACAGAUCUGCAUUUUAUUCUAAAUAUUAUUAUUUACUUAUUUAUUAAUUUUGUUAUAUUAUUAAUAAUCCUGUUGAUUUUAUUUAAGUUUAAACACCAGUUCUUCCUCAUGGGAUCCUUUAUUUCCAGGGCAUUGCUGGCUCAGUCUGGUAGGGCUGGCUCUCACUGGGGCAGCUGGGGUACCCCACUGUGGCCCAACAGCUGUGGAGUGGACCCUCUGCUGCCCUGGUCUGUGGUUAUGCCCCCUGUGGUCGGGCCUGGCCUUGAAGCAAAAGUAUUCCAAUAAUACAGUUUCCUUGCAGCAGAGCCAAGCUAUUCCUCUGAUACCUGCAGAUUUUUUGCUUCACAUUUGAGCUUUUAUUUGAGGGACUGAAGGACAUGUUGGUGAAACUGAGUUGGUGGAGGGUUGGGUGGGAUUGGAGGAGUGUCAUUUAUGUGAAUAUGAAUGUUCCUGCUUUUAGAAUACUUAAAUACAUUUUUGGUUUGUUGGUUGUUUUUACCUACAGAGCUUUGAGCUUCCUUAUAUGAAACGAAAACUGCUCUUCCUGUAAAUAAAAUUUGAUUUCCACAAGUCAA